AUGGAGUUGUCGAUUGAUUUAGGAUACGUGAGAAUGUACAAGUGGAAGGCACCUCUCUCACAAGCAACUGAUGUUUUACUCAUUGUCGUCGUACUGAUUGGCACCUUCACAACAUGGCGUUUUUCUUUGAGUAGAUCCAACCGCUUGUCGGUCUUCAUCCGAGAAGUUUUCCCAUUGUUUCCCGCUCCUUGGAGACAAUUAGAUCAGGUGGCGGAUAAGAUUGUCGAAUACAUCGACUGCAAUUUCUCGUUCCGAGACCUGCGAGCUGUGGCUCCCGCCCCUCCCGGCCUUGUGAUCGUCAUCGGCGUGACGAUGAAUGGAGCGACUUGGGACAUCAGCAGCGAGCUGAUAUUACGUAGUACCAAACGGCUAUACUGCGCGGCCAUGACGGAUGACGAAGGGCACGAGCUGGUGCCGAUACUCCCUCCUACUGCUGAGAUAACUGUCCGAAACGGCGACGAAUGCUGCUUGAUUUGUAAACAAGAGGAAGAGAUCAAUGCGGUGGUCAGGACGAUCUGCAACCAUGUCUUCCAUAUCACGUGCAUCGCUCGUUCUCUAGCACAACGAAACUCCUGUCCUGUCUGCUCCACCGAUUUUCCCACGCCUAUCGAUGCGCGAAUUCUAUUCGUUUAG